GCCUGCGCCCCUGCUCGCAGCCACCACCACCCCCGCCAGCGCUGCUACUGCCGCUGCCCUCCAGCCCCCAAGCGACGCAUCCCUCACCCCCCUAACCACGUCCAUCGCCCCGGCCUCCAGCCCAGCCUCUAUCUCAGCCCCCUCCACCUCCAGCCCCAUCCCCACCUCCCUGCGCUUCACCGGCCCGGAGGCGCUGCACCUGCUGCCGCCCCUUCCCACCAGCUUCCCGCCCCUGCCCGACCUCAAACUGCCGCAAUACACCAUGACCACGCUUCCGAACGGACUGCGCAUCUUCCUCCUCCCAGACCCCGAAGUCCCCCUCGUCCGCGCCACCCUCCUGAUGCGGGGCGGGCAGUACGGCAGUCCCCCCGACAAGGUGGGCCUUGCGUCGCUCACCGCUGCCGUACAGCGGGCCGGCGGCAGCACCCGCCACCCGGGGCCCUCCCUGGACGGCCGGUUGGAGGAGCUGGCUGCGGGUGUGGAGGUGGGCGCGGGGGUGCAGGCGGUGAGUGUGGACAUGGCGUGUCUGGCGGAGGACGUGGAGGAGGUGAUGGGGCUGAUGGCGGAGGUGGUGAGGUCCCCCGCCCUUCCCCCCGCCCAGCUGGACCUCCUGCGCGCCCAGCUGAUCAACGGCCUGCAGCACCAGAACGACUCCCCGGCAGCCAUUGCGCGGCGCAAGAUGACCAAGCUGCUGUACGGCAGCGACUCGCUGUACGCUCGUACACCCACACCCGCCAGCAUCUCCUCCAUCACCCCCGCCGACCUGCGCGCCUACGUGGACCGCUGGGAGCGACCCGACGCGGCGGUGCUGGGGGUGGUGGGCGCCUUCCAGCCCGAAGACAUGCUGCAGCUGCUGGCACGGGAGUGGGGCGACUGGGCGCCGGCGGAGGGGCAGCCGGAGGUGCCGCCGGAGGUACCGCGGAGCAGGCCGCCAGCACUGCCGCCGCGGGUGCGAGCGGCG